AUGGCGGCCAUGGAGGAGUUGGAGAUCCACAGUAAGUCCUAUUUUGUGCGUUGGCUUAAUGUCAAGGCCGGCCAUACCAUCUCGUGGAGUAUUCAACCGCAUAAGAAGUCGCUCAAUUUCGGCAUCUUCAAGCAUCCCGGCCAUUCCGCCGUGCUGAGCUCCAGCAAUCUGCCAUCAAGCGAUACCCCCGGGACGGAUUCAACCGAAAACCUAUCUUCCACCACCAGCGCGCGAUCCAAUGCCUCGGUUAUCGACCGUCUCACAAGCUUCGGCUUGAAGCAGAUCCGCUGGCUCGGCAAAUGCGAGGCUGACAAGAUCGUCCAAGGCACCUACGAUGUGCCUACCAAUGAAGGCGGAAACUACGCGCUCGUGUUCGACAACACCUUCUCCAAGCAGAUCUCUAAAACCGUCACUCUCGUAUUGCUCACCUACCCGACCGCCCUGCCUCCCCAGUCGCUGCCAGUCCCUCAUGCCGCCGGCACACCGUCUCAGGGUGCAGACACCCCCGAGUCAGGGAAGCCGCUGACGUCGCGACAACGGGGCAACAGUAUUGCCAAAUCCCUUCCGUAUGCUAUCGACUGCGAUUUGGGGUCUGUCCACACCGGUAUCCUGCACAAGCGGCGCCGGAAGCGGCAUCAAGGCUGGGCCCGGCGGUUCUUCUCCCUGGACUUUACCUCCUCAACCCUGUCCUAUUAUCAUGACCGAAAUUCCUCUGCAUUGCGAGGCUCAAUUCCUCUGUCCCUGGCCGCCGUCGCGUGCAACGAGAAGUCGCGGGAGAUUUCGAUCGACUCCGGCACCGAGGUCUGGCACCUGCGUGCAGCCAAUGACCAGGAGUUUGCCUCCUGGAGGCGGGCUCUCGAGAAGGCCUCCUCCAAAACCCCGGCUGAAGAAGCAUUUUCUCCCGAGCCAUUGCUGCGGCGGGUGCCGUCGCAGCGCAUAAUCCCCAAUGCGUCGGAGGAGCGCGAGUGGGGACGGGUUGAGCUUCUAGUCCGCCAAGUCUCAGGAUCGCGAGAUACCGUCCGUCGGCUAGCCAGGGAUACGGACCCGAAAUACUUGGGGACCAGUAGCCAGCUCGAGCGGCCCAGGGUUCGGUCUCCCAGCCCUCCUUCUCGCGAACUCAACGGCACCGAGUCCGCCGACACGCGCGAAAAGCGCUCAUUUUGGAAGCGGAAAACCGGCUCGGGCACCCAGCCAGCGGGUGCCAAACGCCCCACGACAGCCAUGGCCUCGUCCACCCAGCUGACGGUGCCGGGCCAUGGAGCCAGUGCGGAUGCGUCGUCCCUCUCGGGCGAGCGGAAACCCGGCAGCGUCGCGAGCCACACCGAUCCGAUGGAAGAGAUCCACGAACAUCUCCUGGCCGUCCUGCGGGACCUGGACCACGCUGUCAGUGAGUUUUCCACGCUGAUCGCCGAGAGCAGGCAGCGGCGUCAUGCACCGGGUCUGUCCAUGCAGUCCCGCCGCAGCUUUGAGUCGGACGUGUCGCAGGAGUUCUUUGACGCCGUGGACGGGGGUGACGGGUCGGCUCUGCUGACCAUCCGUGGGGACAGCGACGACGAAGCGGCCGGCACCACCGCUGCCAACGCAGACACCGCGGCCUCGAAGCCCGGAGACGAUGUAGUGGUCGACGAGGGGUCAUCCGACAGCGAAGAUGAGCAUCCGGAAGCCAUGACGCCCCAUGGCGACCGCUUCUGCUCCUUGUUCCCCAUCCGGCCCAAGUCACUCACUCCGUUGCCACUGCCGUGCGUUCCCCGUCGCUCCAACAUCCCUGCCCCCACAGUGAUGCCCCCGAGUCUGAUUGGGUUCCUCCGCAAGAAUGUCGGGAAGGAUCUUUCGCAGAUCUCGUUGCCGGUGUCGUCCAAUGAACCGCUCUCCCUGCUACAACGAGCAGCAGAAGUGGUGGAAUACUCAUCACUAUUGGAUCAGGCGGCCGCCGCAUCCGACCCAGUCGAGCGGCUAGUGUACGUGACUGCGUUCGCCCUCUCAUCGCUGUCGAACGGACGGGUCCGGGAGCGCUCGAUCCGCAAGCCCUUCAAUCCCAUGCUGGGCGAGACGUACGAGCUGGUGCGCGAAGACCUCGGAUUUCGGUUCAUCGCCGAGAAGGUCUCACACCGGCCCGUGCAGCUGGCGUACCAAGCGGACAGCAAGGACUGGAGUCUGGCCCAGUCGCCCAUGCCGACGCAGAAGUUCUGGGGUAAGUCCGCCGAGAUCGUGACGGACGGCAAGUUCCGUCUGACCCUGCAUACCACCGGUGAACACUUCAGCUGGGCGCCGGCCACCUGCUUCCUGCGCAACAUCAUCGCGGGCGAGAAAUACGUCGAGCCCGUCGGGGAGAUGUCGCUGGCAAACGAAACGACCGGCCAGAAGUCGUUGUCGAUGUUCAAGGCUGGUGGCAUGUUCUCUGGCCGCAGCGAGGAGGUCAACAGCCGGACCGUGGACUCGUCUGGUCGGGAGCUGCCCUUAGGCCUGACGGGCACCUGGACCUCCUCCCUGCAGCUCACCAAGAAUGGCUCGGCCACCGGGACCACGGUGUGGCAGUCCGGCCCAUUGGUCUCCAACGCAGCCAAGCACUACGGUCUCACCACCUUUGCGUCCGCCCUCAACGAAAUCACGCCAAUCGAAGCCAACAAGCUGCCGGCGACGGACUCGCGUCUGCGCCCGGACCAGCGCGCAUUGGAGGACGGCGACGUGGACCGCGCCGAGGAAGUCAAGGUCCAACUGGAAGAAGGCCAGCGGACGCGGCGCCGGGAGAUGGAAUCCGCCGGCGAGACCUGGAUUCCCCGGUGGUUUGCCCGUAUCGAAGAUGAUGGCGCAGCGGGCAGCGAAGGCGAAGUCGUCUGGCGGUUGAAAUGCGGCAAAGACGGCUACUGGGAGGAGCGGUCCAAAGGGGAAUUGGUCCGGCGUAGUCCCAGUAUUUGA